AAGCACGAUUUGCAAACAAAUCUGCACAUCUGGAAUCCCUGCCAUCACAUAAGCUCUGUAUAUGUCAAAAGCAUGGCGGACAUAAAUAUCAGAAACGUUUGAGUCCAGGUAAAUUUCUCACUCUCCUUAAUUGAUAUUGUUUCUGAAUUGACGAAUUCCACGAAAAAAAAACAGCAUAAUUCUGUAGUCACCUGGAUCCUAGUAUCAGGAUCGAAACGAUACAGAGAUGGGAAAUACCAUAUCGGCCGCUGAGCUUAUGGCAUCCAAUAUAGUACAUGCCGAAGCUGGAGCUCUACCUAAGCGGCAUCCGCCUAUUGACCCAGAAGGAAGAAUGAAUACCGGCUACUCAAAUCCACCACCAGAAUGUCCAAUGCAUAACAAGCUGCCCGCUAAAAGUGAAAAACCUGUGCUGGUAUCCGAAUGUCCUGUCAUACAGGAUAAUUCUGAUAUCAAUCCGCUAAAUAUGAUGCCUCCGAUGAAUCAAAAUCCUGCUCCAGAUCAGCCAUUUCCUUUGCCCAAAGAUAGGCAAGUGUCGUCAAUUCCGAAAGUCACCGAGGACGGUCGGCAGGAGUUCUGGGUGUACCCCAGCCAACAGAUGUUUUGGAAUGCUAUGCUCCGCAAGGGUUGGCGUUGGCAAAAGGACGACAUUCAACCGAAGGAUAUGGACGAUAUCAUUAGAAUCCACAAUGCUAAUAACGAGCAAGCCUGGCAAGAGGUACUUAAAUGGGAAGCGCUGCAUGCUCGAGAAUGUGGCAAUCCUAAGUUGAAGAGUUUUGGUGGCAAAGCUACAGAGUAUAGUCCGCGGGCACGAAUCCGGAGCUGGAUGGGUUACGAGCUGCCGUUCGAUAGACACGAUUGGAUUGUGGACCGCUGCGGAAAAGAUGUCCGUUACAUUAUUGACUAUUACGAUGGCGGCGUUGUAGACGACAAAUACAAGUUUGCGCUGCUGGAUGUGAGACCCGCGAUGGAUUCGCCAGAGAACGUUUGGGACCGGAUGAAGGUGGCUUACAUGCGAUGGAAGUUUGAGCUUGAAGGUAAGGUGAAAGAACUGUCUAACUAGAGUACACCGGAACCGCAUGAGUUCAUAUUAUACCAAAUAGAAAAGAGCUACUACACUGACGAGUUGAAAUCCUAUCGAUAGCCGAAAGAUUAUGCCAAUAGACAAAAGUUCUGAACCGUUCAA